CCUGUCAUCUUGCGGAAUGUAGCGGCAUGGUCUGUGUUAUUUCAGUACAGCCGGAGUUGGAAUUUGCCUGUUCUCCCCGUUAAGGCUGGAAGCAAUCAAAUAUUCUAACGAUUAUCUCAUCGAUUAUAACAAUCACUGGAUAAAAAUGUAUUCGUCCCGAGUUAAGGCACGUUCUGUACAUACGUGUGUGUGAGAUGGAUCAAGACAAAAAAAGGGUGCUGAAAAUUGAGCAGAUGCGCUUUCAAGAAAAGUCUGGCCUCCCAGCAUGUUUGCAGCUGCUCGUGUGUGUGUGCGCGUGUGUGCGUGCUGUAUCAUCAUCAAAAUACCAAUCUCAUACUGUCUGUUGUCCUCAAUGAGAAUGAACAAGAAUUUACGAAACUGCCCAGACAACAAGAGAAUAGCUCCAUUUUAUUUAUUUGCUGGUCCAAUCAAAUAUUGUUGCUUUGCAAGAUCACUUUACCUGCGACCAAAAGCCCAAUGAAAAAAAAACAAACGUAUGUGUGUGUGUGUGUGUGUGUGUGUGUGUGUGCGCGCGUGUGUGUGUGUGUAUGACCAGUAGCAACCAUUCUGUCGAUGGCAUUUUGCAUUACAUGUUAGCAUUAAGCUGGUGGACUUUCAUAAAAUAUUAAUCAUUUAAAAAAAAAAAAGAAGACAUUUGUGAAUAUAUUGUAUGGUUCAACAUUUUGGUUUAAAUUUUAAUUUGGUUUAAAUAUAAAUAAUGUUUAAUUCUCUUUUGUUAUAGUAAUGUUGAUUUUUGUGUGUUAAAGUAGGAGCUGUUUAAAAGUUAAGAAUUAUCGUAACAUUUAUGCUAAUUUCGGUUAACCCGUUUAUGGUGUUCCGCAUUAUAUGUUAUCAUUAGGCUGGCGGACCUUUAUUAACAUAGAGUUUGUUUGAACAUUUCAGUGUGUAAAUAUGCACCCCUCCAUUUUCUUUACCGCUUAUCCUCAUUAGCGUCGCCGGCGUGCUGGAGCCUAACCCAGCUAACUUUGGACGAGAGGCUAAUAUGUUAAAAUUAUUCCCUGAUAGAUUGAAAAUGGAUGGACGAACGGAUGGAUAGACCGAGAUAUCUGGAUCGGCAUGGACUUCACCUGUCCACCUGUCCUCAUCCGUUGGGAAUGGGCCAGCAUCUGGCCAGGGAGCAUCUGGACUCCACGCGCCGGUGGGGCCGGCGCGGCCCGAGAGUGAGGGGGGCCGCGGCCAGCUCGUGAAGGCGGCCUAACCCUGCCCCCUCUUACUCUCGCUCCUUUUCUCUCUUUCUGUCUCUCUUGCUUUCCCUCUGCCUCCAUCUUCAUUGUGACUUUUGAACUUGCGAUGCCCUUCCGGCUGAAGCUGCGGCGCACGCGGCGCUACAACGUCCUGAGCAAGAACUACUUUGUGACGCGCAUUCGGCUGCUGGACAACAACGUGAUCGAAUGCACGCUGUCGGUGGAGAGCACGGGGCAGGAAUGCCUGGAAGCCGUGGCGCAGCGACUGGAACUACGUGAGACUCCCUACUUCGGCCUGUGGUUCCAAGGGAAGACCCAGGCUCCGGCGCAGCGUUGGGUGGAGUUGGAGAAGCCCCUCAAGAAGCAGCUGGACAAGUUCGGCAAUGAGCCGCUGCUCUUUUUCGGGGUCAUGUUCUACGUGCCCAGCGUGUCCCGAUUGGAGCAGGAAGCCACCAGGUAUCAGUACUACCUUCAGGUGAAGAAGAAACUGUUGGACGGACGUCUCCACUGCACGGUGGAGCAGGGCAUCAGACUAGCUGGCCUAGCAGUACAAGCCGACUUCGGGGACUUCACUCAGUUCAUGUCUCAGGAUUUCCUCAGGGAGUACGUGCUCUUUCCAGUGAACUGGCCUAAUGGAGACGAGGUGCUAGAGGAGUGGACUCAGAAGGUUGCCGAAGAGCACAAGAGCCACUGUUUUCCAGAUUCUUUUGGGCGCCGCCUGAGUCGCCCCUCCCCCACUACUCGAAUGCAGGCGGCCGAAGCGGAGCUGUUGUACAUCAAGGAGAUUGAGAAACUGGACGGCUUCGGCCAGGAGAGUUUCGCCGCUAAGGACAACUACACCAACGACAUUUUCAUCGGCAUGUCUUUCAUCGGCGUCUUCGUCAAGCACAGAAACGGAAGGUCCAUCAUGCUCCACAGGUGGAAGGACAUCGGCACCAUAGCGCACAACAAGUCGGCCAUCACGGUGGAGAUAACCAGUCGGGACGACACCAUCAUCUUUCACAUGGAGGAUAUGGAAAUGGCCAAGUACAUCGCUCGUCUGUUCACGGCCAGACACAAGUUCUACAAACAGAACAAGAUUUGCGCAGAGCCGACUCACUCCCCUGCGCCAAUCAGGAGACGGCCAACCUGGACGCACCGCCUCUCUCUGCCCCGGCCGCAGUCCUGUAACUUCCAGACAAUGCAUUCCCAGUAUGGAGAACAUUACCAAGACACGAAAAGCUCGCAAGACAGCAUCUUCCACGACGACCCCUACUACAAGUCCGAGAGCAGCCUGGACCACUGCCAGGUGGACUUUCCCUUCCGCAACGGCACGCUGCCCAACGGAAGCGUGUACAGCAGCCCCAGCCUGAGCUCCCUCAACCGCUCGCAGACGUUCGUGGCGCCCUCGCCCAUGUCGUCCAACCUCAGCAUCCCGGGCAGCGAGCUGAUGCGGCCCGACUACAUCCCCAGCCACCGGCACAGCGCCAUCAUCGCGCCGUCCUACCGGCCCACGCCCGAGUACGACGCCGUGAUGCGGCAGAAGAGGCGGGUGCUGCACGCGCACCACGACCUCCACAGCCAGUCGCUGCGCAGUCUGAACAUUAGCAACGCCUGCGCUUAUCGCCAGCCUGAGGCGCUGGUGUAUAGCCAGCCCGAAAUGAGGGAGAGGGGCCCCUAUCAUGGCCUGGGACCCAGCCAGGGACCGUACGCACAGAUCAGUUACAGUAAGCCAGUGUCUCACGGCCCCCAUCAGGGAGGACCGGCCAGCAGUCAGGGUCCUUGUCAUUCGCCUUGCGUCAACGGCGGCGGCGGCGGCGGCGUGGGAAGCUCGAUCUCUCACACGGUCAGCACACCCGAGCUGGCCAACACCAAACAACAAGGGAGCGCCGCCGGCAGCUACGCCGCCACCGCUCAGGUCGUGAGGAACCACGUAGCGCGACCGCCCCCGCCGUACCCCUCCACGCCCUUCCGGCCCGCCACCAGCACGCCGGACCUGGCGAGCCACCGCCUGCGCUGCAUCGGCGGCAGCAGCCCGGAGCUGGUCACCCGCAUGGUGCAGCUGUCCGUCAAGACCUUCCAGCCGGACAGCUCGGCGGUGGUGCACCAGUCCCUGCAGGAGGUCAGCGAGCCGCUCACCGCCAACGUGGUCAAGCGCCGCUCCGCCCUGGGCAAGAGGCACAGCAUGGAGGUGAUCAGCAGCAUGAGAGGCGGUGGCAUGGAGGGCACGGUGAUGAAGGGCAUCAACGCUCCUCUUCAUCGAAGGAAUACUCUCCGGGAGCACGUGUCGCAAGCGCCUCAGCCUCAUCCGCCGCAAUCCAAAGACUCGCCCGUCCCGACGCCCCCCCAGAAGGAACCGGCGGCGGCGCCCGCCGUGGCCUACCAGCAUCAAAAGACUCUCUCCAACGCCACCAUGCUCAUCCACAGCAGCGAGAGCGAGGAGGAAGAGGAGGAGGAGGAGGAAGAGGAGGAGGAGAGGCCGGAGCUGGAUGUCCAAAUCCCGGGCCUCAACGAGGACGUCAGCAUCAGCGCCCAGUUGCAGGCCGCCCUGGCCAAACUGCCCAACAAGCCCCCUCCGGAGUACCCGGGCCCCCCCAGGCCUCCCGGCAACGUUUCCCUUCACAACCACACGCGACACCGCGACCGCGAUCCGGCACCGCACGGCGGCCGGGCGAAUCUCGAGGACGGCGAGCCCGGCAGCGGGGGUAGCGGGACUCUGACGCGAGGGGACCAGGGCGGCGUCAACGGCAACGUUUUGGGUCCGUCCUUCUCGGAACCGGACCUGACCAGCGUCAAGGAGAGAAUGAGGAAGGAGCCGGUGAAGGAGCGGCCCGUGUCGGAGAUGUUCUCCUUGGAGGACAGCAUCGUGGAGAGGGAGAUCGCGCAGAGGACGUUGGAGAGACAGAAGAUGUCCGUGGACUCCAUGAAGAGGCCGCUGAUGAUGGCCGCCCUCAACGGCCUCUACGUGGCCCGCGUGCCCGUCCCCGAGUGUCCGGCGGAGGACGGCGCCAAGGCUGCCCCUGACGAGCGGUGUAAGAUGUUGGAGCUGAAGCUGGAGGAGGAGCGCGUCUUCACCGAGUACGAGCAGGUGCCCAAAAAGAGGGCGGACGGCGCCCUCACCACGGCCGCGCUCCCCGAGAACGCGGAGCGCAACCGCUUCCGUGACGUGGUCCCGUACGAGGAGAACCGGGUGGAGCUGGUGCCCAACAAGGAGAACAACACCGGCUACAUCAACGCCACCCACAUCAAGGUGACCAUCCGAGGGGAGGAGUGGCACUACAUCGGCACCCAGGGCCCGCUGGCCAACACCUGCGGCGAUUUCUGGCAGAUGGUGUGGGAGCAGGGCGUCAAUGUCAUCGCCAUGGUUACGGCCGAAGAGGAGGGCGGGCGGCCCAAGAGUCACCGCUACUGGCCCAAGCUGGGCUCCAAGCACAACUCGGCCACGCACGGCAAGUUCAAGGUGACCACCAAGUUCCGCACCGACUCGGGCUGCUACGCCACGACGGGCCUGAAGGUCAAACACCUGCUGUCGGGCCAGGAGAGGACCGUGUGGCACCUGCAGUACACCGACUGGCCCGAGCAGGGCUGCCCCGAAUAUGUCCAGGGCUUCCUCUCCUACCUGGAGGAGAUCCAGUCAGUGAGGAGGCACACCAACUCCAUGCUGGACACCUCCAAGAGCCUUAACCCCCCCGUGGUGGUGCACUGCAGCGCAGGGGUGGGCCGCACCGGCGUGGUCAUCCUCACAGAGUUGAUGAUCAGCUGCCUGGAGCACAAUGAGCCCGUGGAGAUCCCCACCAUGCUGUCGGGCUUGCGGCAGCAGCGGAUGCUGAUGGUCCAGACCAUCUCGCAGUACAAGUUCGUCUACCAGGUCCUCAUCCAGUUCCUCAAGAACUCUCGCCUCAUCUGAAGUGUCUGCGGACGACAAGCCCUCACCCGCGUUUUGAUUUUGUUCCGUUUUUUUUUUCCCUUCUUCUUCUUCAGUUUUCAACUGCUAAUACGUUCUGUACAUUUCCUCAAAUAGCGGCCAGUUAAAAAAAGGCAAACGCCACCUUCAAAUGGACACUGCCUAACGUAUUUAUUCAGCACCAAGUUGCCACAAGAUGGCACCAAAGCCCUGUCUAAUAUAAAACUAUUGCUUUGACGCCAUCUUGGUGCCAAGUAACCAUUUUGAAGUGUGGCGAGGAACUUUUGUUAAACACGCCAAAGCCCCUUCUCGUAGAAAAGUAGUGCUUUGCUGCCAUCUUGUGGCAUCUAUAGGUAAUUGUAACCCUUUUUGGGAGGAGAGUGUCAAUGGUUCACACAGCUGGUGCAUUUGAACGCUGCUGCUAAGCAAAACAGCAGUACUUACCGUGGCAAGUGCAAAGUUAAAAUGAUGCAAUCAUUUUAAACAUAAACAUGUUACUCCAAAAAUGCGCCAGAAGUUCCUCCGCCGUCUGCCGUUGAGAAAACGAAACGCCCCAGGCCGCUAGAUGAAGAAAUGCAUUUUAAAAGUGGCACAAUAGUGCUUGGAUUUAAAAAACAAAACAAAACAAAAACAAUCAAACAAAAAAAAAAACAGCAAAUAUUUACUUUGAUUUUGUAACGAAUGCUUUUUUUUCCCCCCCUUUUCUUGUAUAUUUAUUUAUCCAUCUCAACAUUGAGCUGCCCAGCAUUACAUUUCAAAAUGUCCAUCAUGAAAAUCACGGGUGGGCUGUACAAGAUUUCCGAACAAAUGCAAGUAGUCACAGCGCUUCACUUUUGGCACAUUUUGUCACGGCGAGACCUCAUUCCAGAAUGGGGGGGGAAGUACUUUACUAAACAGGUUGUCAUUAUGGGAUGUCGUGUGUGGAAUUUAGAGGGGGAAAUGAGUUCAAUGUGGAAAAGGGCUGUUGCAUAACAAAACAUGGAAGGUGAAAAGGUGAAACAUUUUGAAUACUUUUCAUAUGAUGUUUAUUAUUAUGUAUCAUCAUGUCAUAACGUUGGAUUUUUUGUCGCUCUCUUAACACUUCCUGUAAGGUUUCAUUGGUUUUUGGGUGGGCCGUAGGUGAGUACAUUUGAACGAUCAAGAUGAAACCUCGAAAAAGAGUACAAAGAGUGCAUUGAAAGACUCGUUGGACAAACUGUAAAUAGCGUUCAGUUGUGCCUUCAAGGAGCUCUCCACGCAUCUCCGAGCUGAAAUCUUUUUGAGUCACUAUUUAUCCUGCAACAUGUUCAGAAAAUAACUUUUGUUUGUUUGUUUGUUUGUUUAUGUACAGACACGUGUAUUGUGUGAAAAUACUUGUUAUACUUUCAUGACUUGGUACUAAAAAAUACCGCAACCUGUUCAACUACGCAUGCAUUUUUAAAACAAAUCUAUAUUUGAAUGUAUAUAUAAGCAUAUAAAUAUAUAUAUUCUGGUGUGUAUAAGCUUCCGGCUCUCGCGAGUGUUUUAUUGCACUCGUUUGUCACGUGGCAUUGCACUGUUUGUUCAUAUUUAAUCCCCCUUUCUUUUUCUUCUUCGUGUGUGUGUGUGUGUACAUAUUUGUAUAUGUUUUCACUGCAUUCUCCUCCUCCUUGUACUUGCUUGUAAUGCAAUAAAGCCUUAUUUUCUCUA